UAUUCAUUCGAAGAAGACGAAAGACGGUGGGACAGACUGCUGUGGGUAAAGAAAAUCAAAAACCUGUCGUCUGCUUCUGUGAACAUGGAUUUCAAAGUACGUGCUGCAACAAAAGAAGACUGCAAAGAAGUAUCGCGAAUGAUAAUGGAGUUGGCGGUUUAUGAGAAAAUGCCUGACCAAGUGAAGAUAUCGCAUGAAGAACUGGAGCAUGACGGUUUCUGCCAGAAUCCCUUCUUUGAAUGCCUUGUUGCAGAAGUACCGGAGGAGCAUAAAUCAAAUGAAGGAUUCACAGUUGUCGGAUACGCCCUUUACUUUUACACUUACAGUACAUGGAAGGGACGGGCAGUAUACUUAGAGGAUCUGUAUGUGAUGCCAGAAUUCAGAGGGAAUGGCAUUGGCAAGGGUUUACUGAGCAAAGUUGCUGAGGUGGGGAAAAAGAAGCAGUGUGUGCGGUUGCAGUUGUCUGUGUUGAACUGGAAUACUCCUACUCGAGAUUUCUAUGCGGCUAAAGGAGCUCAGGAUCUAACUGUCAGUGAAGGCUGGCACUUUAUACGCUUUGAUGGACAAAACCUGGACAAUUUAGCAAAUGAAGCACCUAAAGAUUAGUUUUUCAAGGAAAAUAUGCACACGGUUUGUUUUCUACUAUAAACUCUCACCCUCUGUAAAACAUUGGUAAAAUACGCUUCAGUGAACUGAUUUCUCUAUCUUGUGUAUUAAUUUAAAGCCAGUCAAAUUUACUAGGACCUACAUAUGAUUACCAGCCAUGCAGUAGUGUUAUUGUUUUCACCUUGUGAGUCUAUGUCUGUUGUCAUCAUGGCAAAACAAGUUCCUGGAGACACCCUCUGUAGCAGGAACUAUGGGACAGUUUUGAGUUCUUGGUAGGUGUUUAUGUGUCCGUCUGUCAGAUAGAUUUUGUCACUGUGAUAGUGUCACAACGGUGCAAGAUACAGUCAGGAAACUUUACAGGUGCGAUGUUGAUGAUCAAAAACCAAAUUGAAGGCCAGGCAUCACGGCUGGUGUGAUCCCAAAACAAGAUCGUCUCUAGUAAAUAAAGAUGAUGGUAAAUUAUCAAUAAUAAAUUUGAUCUGAAUAAAUCCAAUCCCAGAUGUGAUGCCACAUUUCUCCAGCAGGUGGCACAUAGAACUCCCCUUUUUCUGCACAGUGACGCCCAUACGAUCUCCAUGAGAUGAUAGUAAAGUAGUAAGUCAGAGGAGCUUGAUUUGCUGCUUGGCCUUGGAAGAUGCCACUCUGUUGAAAAUAAUAAUAAUUUAAUUUAAUUAGUCAACUCUGAAUGCAGAGACCUAAUGGGCCAUACUUUCAGGUCUCUCCUGGUUAAUGGAGCCAAUGGAAAGGAGGAUGUGCAAACAAACUCAGUAACCAAAAACACUGUUAUUUGUUACGUUUUUUUUUUUUUAUUGUUUUAUUACUAAUAUUGCUCAAUAGCGCUGUUCAUCACUCUAAUGGAAAUCAUAAUGUCAUUAAAAUUCUCAUGAUUGAGUGCAACAGUCACUGAAAAUGUAUUUUUGUAUAAAAUAUACUCAAAUCCACAGGAACAUAUGUAAAAUUACCCAUAAGAAAACUGUAUGACAGUACAUUUGAAAUUCACACACAUGCCAGAAAAAAAUAAAAUUUACAAAACCUACAAA